GGAAUUCACGUUGCCGGAGAUAAUGAUCUCGUGAUAAGGACGCUGAAUACUCGUACUCCUCCCCAGGCUGCUCGGCUAUGGGGUUGGUUUCUGAAAUGCAGACACAUGGCUGACAAGGUCCGAGUUGGGUCAUGGAUGCAAACCUCCAAAGCGGCAAACCAGGGUUCGUGUAGUCUGGCAACUGCGGCGGUGGAGUCUGGGCAGACGCUGGAAUCAACACCAGAGUACCUCAACUUGGCAUUCCCCAGAAUGCCGCAGCUUCUGCAAGAAGGCCUCGUGGAAUGGUCUAAUAGAAGGGGAGACGCGCAGGUUCUGCUGGUAGACCCCGAAGAACAGCAAACGAAGACGUAA